UAAUUCUUCUCUCUUUUCUCUCUCUUUCAGUUCAGUUCUGUAAUCCCUAAAUCCCCAAUUUCGGACAACUUUAGAUUCUCUCUCUCCUCCAUCUCUCUCCUCGGGCUCGCGCUUGUGGAAUGCGUUCUGUGUAGUCACCUGUAUCUGAAAGUGGGUGGACAAAUGAAUAACGGUUCGUGGUUACCUGAAGAGGACUUCAAGGGUCUCACUGAUAACUUCUUUGAUGAUCUCAUCAAUCAUAUCGAUCUCCCUCUUGAGGACAUCGAAACCACCAACGAAGAGGGAGACUGGGGUGCAGACUUUAAGAACCUCAUGCCUCCUUCAUUGGAUGUGCUCACAAGUUUGUCCUCUGAGUUCACUAGCAAUGGACAGCGAGUGGGAGGCCAGAAGAAGCCUGUGCCCACUUUGAAGCAGUCAGGAGUCUCUUCUACCGUUGAUACUUCCCUUCCUGAUGUCAAAGUCUCAAAGCUGUUUCAGUCCUCAAGCCCAGUCUCGGUUCUCGAGAACGCAGCCAAUGGGUCUGCCUCGUUCCAGAACCAAAACAGAGCUCAGAGACUGGCCUUCCCCGUGAAAGGCAUCAGAAGCAAGCGCAAGCGCCCCACAAUCCCAAAAUUCAUAUCCCUCCACUCCUUCUUAUCGGAAAUGUUGGAGAAGGAGUUUGCUAUGGAUGAAUCAGACUCUGAAGAAACUUACCUCUCUUCUGAGAAUCCCUCCAAGAAGAGACGCAAGAAGAACAGCAGCAACAACCCUCACAGUCCAGAACCAUUCAACGCAGAUGGGACAAUCAGGAAGUGCACUCAUUGUGAGACAACCAAGACCCCACAGUGGAGGGAAGGUCCCAAUGGGCCCAAGACACUAUGCAAUGCUUGUGGAGUCCGCUUCAGAUCAGGCCGUCUUCUUCCAGAGUACCGUCCAGCUUCAAGCCCAACCUUCAUCCCAACAGUGCAUUCCAACUCUCACAGGAAGAUCAUAGAGAUGAGAAGGAAAGAUGAAGAAGGCCAGUUUGAAACAGGAAUGACCCGUGGCUUUAGAUACCGAGGGUAGAGAGAGACUUUGUAACUUUAGCAGACCGAAGUGAGUUUGGUCUGUGAAAAACAAACAAAAACCAAAACUAUGAGAAUCCCUAGAAUGGGGUAGCUCUCUGUAAGACUUGUGUUCUUAAAACUAGGGCUUAGUGUCUGUCUUUGAAAGAAUCUGAUGCAGAGAGUUUCUUUAGGGUUUUAGUUGGAAAGUUUAGGGUCUUUAAAGUGUUUGUUUGACUUUGUUGUUUUAUAUUUGGCUGACAUCUGUUUCAUCAGAGUAGUGUAAUGCCAGUUUUCUUUGUUAAGCUAUCUGAUAAGGAACCAUAUUGUUAUAUUAUUUUAAAAAUGUCAUCAGC